UGACGUCAAACAGCGGCCAUCUUUGGUGAAGGCAGCAUUUACUCCAUUGAAGAAGAAGACCUGAGGAGGUCAAGAGCAGCUGUUCUUUCUUCUGCAGCAGUAACAGCCUUUAAAACAUUUUGCACCUGCAAUACGUACAUUUCGCUUGGGCAGUGCUGACUACAUCCUCCACAGAAGAAGAGGCCUUUCACAAGCACUGACUACCUACCUUGGUGCAGAGGCUCCCACGCAACGCACCAUCCAUCAUGGCUGAGGAUGCAGAUAUGCGCAAUGAGCUGGAGGAUAUGCAGCAACGUGCUGACCAGCUGGCUGAUGAGUCACUGGAAAGCACUCGUCGUAUGCUGCAGCUUGUUGAAGAGAGUAAAGAUGCUGGUAUACGAACUUUGGUUAUGUUGGAUGAGCAAGGAGAACAACUCGAUCGUGUUGAAGAAGGCAUGAACCAUAUCAACCAAGACAUGAAGGAAGCUGAGAAAAAUUUAAAAGAUUUAGGGAAAUGCUGUGGCCUGUUCAUAUGUCCUUGUAACAAACUAAAAUCAAGUGAUGCCUACAAGAAAGCCUGGGGUAACAAUCAGGAUGGAGUUGUAGCCAGUCAGCCUGCCCGUGUUGUGGAUGAACGUGAACAGAUGGCCAUCAGUGGGGGCUUCAUUCGAAGGGUAACAAAUGAUGCUCGAGAAAAUGAAAUGGAUGAAAAUUUGGAACAAGUUGGAGGCAUUAUUGGAAAUCUCCGCCAUAUGGCUCUUGAUAUGGGCAAUGAGAUUGACACACAGAAUCGCCAGAUUGACAGGAUUAUGGAGAAGGCUGAAUCCAACAAAACCAGGAUCGAUGAAGCCAACCAGCGUGCCACAAAGAUGCUGGGCAGUGGCUAAUUUCACCACUAAAGUGCAUUUACUUCCAUGCUUCAUCAUGGUAUUUACCUAUUAGGUUUGCACACAUGCACAUAUCCGCCCUCAUUGUAAAUGCCCCGUGUAGUCUGUCAGCUUUUAAAAAAUUGUAAUUAUUUCCUCUCCAGAGAUAUUUCUUUCCAAAGGUUGUAUAUAGUGCUUAUUUGAUGAUGGCUUAAGCUCAUUUGUAACACUUGCGUUUCCUUCUCCUUUUUUAACAAAUGUGUGUUGAAUGAUGAUUAUUUAGGAAUGCUUACAAGCUGAUUCUUUUAAAAUAUACAGUAUUGUUCUUGUAAAGCUGUGUCAUUCCAAAAAGCUACUGCCAUAAUCCAGGUUUUAUCUCAUUUGCUUGUUUGUUUUCUUGGUUGUUGCAAUUGCAAGGCACUUAUGAAUACCUGCUGUCCUCUGUUUCUCAUCCUGGGCCAUUACGAAUUCAUCACUAGACAACAUUCAGCUAGACUACAUAAUUGUAUUAGGCAUUGCACUAAAUUUGAUGUGAUUUAUGCAUGAGAAUAACUAGACUUUAGUCUCUUCUACUUAACAAGAAAUGUCAUUUACAUGGCAGUUGCUGACUGACAAAAAAGCAUGCACAGUAUUGGGGCACAGAUGAGACCUUGUUACCUCUGUAGCUUUGCAGAGGUGCCACUAUUUCUGCCCAGAUUGCUUUACAAACUGUGAACCAUUGUUGUAAAAAAGACUGUACCUAGCUUUCUCUGAUCAACUUUAUCUAAUAAAUAUGCAGUUUAAUGAAUAUGUUCCUUCAAAUAAAUACUAGUCAAAUUUUUAAGAUUUAGUUGGAAAAUGUAAUAUAGGGUUUGGACGAUUCUGUAAUAGAACAUACCGGGGUAAGAAUGAGACUGCAAUAUAAAAUGGUGCAUAUAUCUGAAAGACAUGUAAUGUAGUUUUAUAAAAUUGUACCUCCUUAGUCAUGAAGUCCCUGUGUGUGGUUUGUCGCCAGUUCCACUCUUUGUUGCUUCUGUACCUAUAGCUAUGCACACCAAAUUGCUAAAAUGUUUAGUAGCUGAAAACAUAACCUUAAACUGAAUGAAAUAGAUAAACUGUGAGAUAAAUGUCCUUACAGCAUGUGAUAUGAAACUCCUUCUGUCUCCUGUCAGUUUGUGAAAUGGUUGACAUUUUGUAGGUAGCUGAAAUUAUUAAAAUUUAUUGCCCUCUGA